AUGAUCGCAAAGAGCAAAGUAGCACCGGAAAUGCUUCCCAAUAUUAUUCCUACAACAUGGCUCGACAAGGCUCGAGAUGCGCGAGAAUUGUCCAUCGUCAAUUCUGCUACUGCAGUCUUCGUGGCAAUCGUCGGCAUCGUGUUGGUUUCAUCCACAAGCUGGCUUUUGGUGACGGUACUGGACGUGCUAAAGUCUAAGUCGUCGGAUUGA